ACUUAGUCGUCGACCACGCUUUCACUGAAUCGAUCGCCGAGAACUUGAAGUCGUCAACUAGCAGUUACCCAGCCUUUGAACGAUGUCUUCUAAAGCCCUUUUUGUGAUUGUCCUGGGGAUCCUUUUAGCCAGUACUUGUUUUGUAAUGUCGUCUAAAAGAAAACAAAAGUUAAAAACCUGGAGAGGUCUUGCAAAGUGUCUCCAGAUAGCCGGUGCAGGUACUGUUCGACGCACAAACGCUUCCUUCGCAAGUGACGUUCUGCGCUUCAUUCACCGGAAUGGUUACCUCAUCGUGCCACCAUCAAAUCCUCCAACACCUCAACAAAUAAUUGUACCGCCUUUAUCAAAGACUCCUGGAAAGAACAGGAGAGACCUCCACUCCUCCGUUAAGCAGCGUAGUUCCGAUAGAUGUCCAUUCAACAUGACAGUUGUUGAUUUUGUUAACACCGUUCCGAGGUUUCUGAGCAAAGCCACUUGUGAUGGUUGUGAUGCACGCUGUAAGCCCGUGAUGUACACUCAUCAGGUAUUAUUUAACAAAUGCAGUGACUACUGGAUGUGGACGGAAAAGACACUGGAAGUCGCCUUUGUCUUGUAGAUGGAGGACUAACUGUUGGCUUUUUAACCAAUUCUCAGUUUGUUAUUUGAUACAUUAUUCACGACAUUUUGUUUUUAUUUGGUAAUAAACAAAAGUUUGUAAUCAAAAGUCUGUGGCGUAGAAAAGAUCUUUGUUUAUCGUGAUAACUGUACUCGCAGUUUAGUAAGCUAUGUUUCAAUUAGGUUCCAUUUCAGAGAAGAGGAAAAUCUGUUCGGUGACACCAUGAUCAUGUAAUUAUCUCUGCCUGUCUUGAUUUCUGUGCAGGAACCUUCUUGCCAACUACUCCUCGUGUAUUUUCUAUAAUUUCUAGUUCAUUUAUCGACCAUAUUUUGGGACGAAUUUACAGUGAGAAAAGGUGUACAUCAUUUUGAAUUUAGCGCAAUCAAUCAAUAUCGAGGUGGCUGUACUUGUAGCCAAACUUUUACUUUUAUCUACCACUUUGAAGUUUUAAUGAGGAAGCUUACUUCAAACUUUAAUUUAAGGAGAAAGCAGU